CAGAGGCAGCAUCUUCACCUUCAUCAUCUUCAUCAUGGAUGCUCUGAGGAAGGGAUUCUCCGUGGCUAAGGAAGGCGUCGUCGCCGCCACUGAGAAGACCAAAGCCGGCGUGGGCGAGGCCGCGACCAAGACCAAGGACGGAGUCAUGUAUGUGGGAAACAAGACGAUGGAGGGCGUGGUGACGAGCGUCAAUUCAGUUGCUCAGAAAUCCACUGAACAGACCAACGUUGUUGCCGACACCGCGGUUGCCGGGGCCAACGAGGUUGCCCAGGCGACGGUGGAGCGCGUGGAGAACGUGGCGAGCGGAUUGGUCAAGACGGCUGCAGCAGCAGAUCAGCCUGAACCUGCAGCUCAGUAGACUCAGAAUGUUUCCGUCACAGAGGAGAGAAGAAGAACUCAACGCUAACCUGCUGCUCUGCUGCUCCUCCUCUGCAUUGUUAACCUCAUUAACCAAUCAGAGCGCCGACUGCCUUGUUGCCAUGGUUACAUGGUUUCCCUUGGUUAUGCUUGGAUGAUUUAACACUCAGGUCACUGCUUUCAGAUGAUUGGCUCAUUGGAGUGUUCAACUCCUGCUGCUCACCUGUUUACCUGUAAGCCACGCCCCCUGAUCCAGCUCUACUAAUGCUUGAAGCUUCACUGAAACAGACGAAUGAUGGAGUUUACUCUGAUUCAGGCUCAGCUGGUUGAAUCUUUUAUAAGCUGGAAGAAAUAAAGAGUUUAAAAUGAA